AUGGCCAGACGGGUCUUUGAAGCCUGGAAGGGAAGUAAUAAAUUUUUAUUUGGUGGGAGAGUGAUAUUUGGGCCAGAUGUUUGGUCUCUUCCUUUUACAUUACUGCUCAUCGUUACGCCAGUUUGUUUCUUUUCUGUGUUUGUUGCAACACAUCUUCGCCAAAAACUCUUACCAAACGAUGAGGGACAUGUCAUCUUAGUGGCAGGAAUUCUACUCACUGUCUUUGUACUGAUCCUUCUCUUCAUCACUUCGGCGCGCGAUCCUGGAAUCGUUCCAAGAAAUUUGCAUCCGCCAGAGGAAGAGAUAUGCUAUGAUACAACUAUAUCAAGUGAUGGAAGACAAACACCAACAGUUCAGAUUCCUAGGACUAAAGAAGUCAUGGUUUAUGGUGUGACCGUUAGAGUUAAGUAUUGCGAUACAUGCAUGCUUUAUCGGCCUCCUCGUUGCUCCCAUUGUUCCAUUUGCAACAACUGCGUUGAGCGUUUUGAUCAUCAUUGCCCUUGGGUUGGCCAAUGCAUUGGAGUGAGAAACUAUAGGUACUUCUUCAUGUUCGUUUCCUCUGCAACUCUUCUCUGUAUCUACCUUUUUUCUAUGUCUGCUUUAUACGUCAAAGUUAUGAUGGAUCAACAUCAAGGCACUGUGUGGAAGGCAAUGCGAGAAUCACCUUGGGCGGUUAUGCUGAUGAUAUAUUGUUUUAUAUCUCUGUGGUUUGUUGGGGGGCUUACCGGGUUUCACUUGUACCUCAUUACCACAAACCAGACCACCUAUGAGAAUUUCCGGUACAGAUCAGACAAUAGAAUCAACGUUUAUAAUCGCGGUUGUUCAAACAAUUUUCUUGAGAUAUUUUGCUCAAAAGUUAAACCGUCGAGGAAUGACUUUAGAGCGUUUAUCAAAGAAGAAUCUCCGAGAAAUAUUGCAUUGGCUACCACAUGGGAACGAGCGGCGGAAGCAGAUCAAGCAAAUAGGGAAGAACGGCGUCAGAAGGUGGAAGACGAGCUAGGUACCGAUGAAGAUAUUAUGAACUUACAGCAAAGUUCUAAUGUAGAAGAUGGCAGCGAUUCAGGGCAUCAAAAAGUAGAUAUUGACAUUGUGAGAAUAGGGUCUAAUGAGAGAGCACCAACAAUCCAGUUAGAAGCUAGGCAUGGUAACCGGGGAACAAGAAACAACGCACAAGAAGACGUCAAAGCUGAAUCUUUAGUCAAGGAAAGUAGAAGCUAUGCAGCUGCAGAGGAAGGACGGUGAAGGGUGAACUAUAGUAGUUCUUUUGAAGCUUUUAUGUUUCUUACUAAGUUUGAUUGUUGUGAAAUUUUCAAUAUUUUAUGGGUUGGUUUGAUUUGUGAGUUGUGAACACUAUGGUGGGAUAAAUGUGAAUAAGUUUAGUGUU